AUGGCUCGCGACAAAGCCACGAGUCAAGACCCUCCUGCCGGCACCGAAACACGCCGCAGCGCUCGCCUUCAGGGUGAAGAUGCUCUAGCAGCCGAAGACAUUCAUCGUGUCACCAAGUCGAAGUCGAAGCGCGUAGCUCCUGAACUUCGUAACUGCUCGGCAUGUCAAGAAAGUCUUCCUUUGGCGGACUUCCCGGAUCAGACCCCUACCAGCAAGUGCAACCACGACAUCAACUACUGCGUUGACUGUCUGGUAGCGUGGGUUCACGCACAGCUCGAGGUGAAGAAGUUCGACCAGCUUGGCUGUCCAGACACCAAGGUGUGCAAGGAGCUCUUAAUUGAGAACGACGUCAAGACCCACGCAGACGCCGCUGACUUCGAGCGCUACUUGGAGCUCAAGCAAAGGGCCGAGAGUGAGCAGAAGCCAGGCUGGCGCUGGUGCAUGAAGCCGGAGUGCAAGUUUGGCCAAGUCCACGAGCCUGACAUCAAUUCACCAUCAGUCAAGCCCAAGGUGACUGCCGGAAUGACGAAGGCGGAUGCUAUUGCCGCUGGCAUCGUCUUCACCUGCGAGGAAUGUGGUGCGGAGGCCUGCACUGCCUGUGAACUUCCCUAUCACGACGGCGACACCCGUGAUGAGUACAAGGCACGCAUCACGACGGAUGAGCAGCUGGUGGAAGAAGAGGCGUCUCGCGGGUGGAUUCAGGCGGAGACGAAGAACUGUCCGUCCUGCGGCACCAGAACCGAGAAGGAUGGAAGAUGCGACCGGGUCAAAUGCACUUUGGUGUUGGCACUGUCUGGCCACGUACGACCAGUCAAUGACGGCACGGGGCACAAUGACGGCACGGGGCACAAUGACGGCUGCCCGUACGCUGAAGAGGGUGCCAUCGACCCUCAUGACGCUGUCCAUGAGGCGAUGAUGCAGCAGGCACAGCAGGAUCAACAGCAGCAGCAGCAGCAGCAGCCCUUUCCUCUGGUCCCGCCGGGAGUCGGUCAGAUAGUGAACGGCUUCUGGGUCCCCGGUCCUCCCCCGCCUCCGCCCGCGCAUGUGCCUGGCUUUAGGGGCUGGAACCCCUUCCCCUUCGCUCCUCCCCAGGGUGCAGGCUUCGUUCAGCUCGGCCAGCACGGCGGUCUUCCUGUGCUUGGUCAGGAUGGAGGUUGGUUCGGUCAGCCGUUCGGGCAGGCUUUCCAGGACUUUCUCGCUUUUGGUGGCGGUCAGCAUGCUGGUGAUGGGGGUGCUGAUGGUGGGGCUGAUGGUGGUGGGCUUGCGGGUGACGGCGGACAGGUUGGAGAGGAAAGCGAUGAGGACGAGGAGGGUGAGGGCAGUGAAGAGGAGAAUGAAGGAGAGGAGGAGGAGAGCGAGGAGGAAGAGGGCAGUGUGUAUGACGCUGACGAUGAAGAGGGUGACGACGACGACGUGGUGGGAGGGGAUGAAGAUGUCGAAGACGAGUGA